UCCAGCCAGCCCCUCUCUCUCUCUCUCGCUCGCUCUCUCUCUCUCGCUCUCUCUCUCCCUCUCUCCGUCUCUCUCUCUCUCUAUCAGCCUCUCACUCCGUCUCAAUAUGUCUCAAGAUGGCGGCCAAUGCGGGAUCGAUGUUUCAAUAUUGGAGGCGCUUUGAUUUGCAGCAGCUGCAGAGAGAACUGGAUGCCACCGCUACGCUACUGGCCAACAGACAAGAUGAGAGUGAGCAGUCCAGGAAAAAACUCAUCGACCAGAGCCGCGAAUUUAAGAAAAACACACCAGAGGAUCUUCGCAAGCAGGCAGCUCCACUGCUGAAGAGUUUCCAGGCCGAGAUUGACGCAUUGAGUAAAAGAAGUAAAGAAGCAGAAGCUGCCUUCCUGAACGUCUAUAAGAAGCUGAUCGAUGUCCCGGAUCCGGUCCCCGUGUUGGAGCUCGGCCAGCAGCUGCAGCUGAAGGUGCAGAGGAUGCACGACAUCGAGACGGAAAACCAGAAGCUCCGGGAAACACUGGAGGACUACAACAAAGAGUUCGCCGAGGUCAAGAACCAGGAGGUCACCAUUAAAGCACUUAAGGAGAAGAUUCGGGAGUACGAGCAGACGCUGAAGAACCAGGCGGAGAACCUGGCACAAGAGAAGGAGCAGCAGCUCCACAACGACUAUGCAGAGAAAGAGAGGAAGUUGCAGGAGUCACAGGAGUCCAUGGCCUCCAGGCUGGAGGAGGCAGAACACAAGGCCCAGAACCUACAGACAGUACUUGAAACAACUCAGGCAGAGCUAUUUGACCUGAAGACCAAGUAUGACGAGGAAUCCACAGCAAAAGCCGAUGAGAUUGAGAUGAUCAUGACCGACCUGGAGCGAGCCAAUCAGAGAGCGGAGACAGCAGAGAGAGAGGCCGAAGCACUGAGAGAGCAGCUCACUUCAGCCAACAAAUCCCUGCAGCUGGCCACUCAGAUCCAGAAAGCUCCAGACAUGGAGCAGGCGGUGGAGGUGGUGUCCCGUUCCAGUCUGGAGGCGGAGCUGAGCGCCAAGGAGAGGGAAAUGGUGCAGCUGGUGGAGGAUGUACAGAGACUGCAGGCCAGUCUGGCCAAACUCCGCGAGAACUCCUCCUCUCAGAUUAGCCAGCUGGAGCAACAGCUCAGCGCCAAGAGCGCCACGCUCAAGCAACUGGAGGAGAAGUUGCAAGAGCAGGCCGACUACGAGGAGGUGAAGAAAGAGCUGAGUAUCCUUAAGUCUAUGGAGUUUGGGCCGACUGAGAGUGCAGCAGUGCAGGACUCGUCUAAGCCACUGGAGGUGCUACUGCUGGAGAAGAAUCGUGGUCUUCAAUCUGAGAAUGCUUCCCUGCGCAUCGCCAACACCGAGCUGAGCGGGCGCUACACAGCUCUCCAGGUGGAGUUUUCGGCUGCGGUAAGGACCAGCGCUGAGCAGAAGGAGCUCAUCCUCAAACUCGAGCAUGAUCUGAGCACCAUCCAGACCAUGUCCUCCCUGUCCCGCCCUGACGCUGAGGGGGCCGAUCUGAGUGGCAUGGACCAAAUCCCAGAGCCUAUUAAGGAGGCCACAGCCCUGUUCUCAGGUAUGGGCAGCUCCUCUCAGGCUGAGCUUCCUCAGGGUCAGAUGGACUCUCUGCUGUCCAUCAUCUCCAGUCAGAGAGAGAGAUUUCGAGCUCGUAACCAGGAGCUGGAGGCUGAGAGCCGCUCUAUGCAGCAGACCAUGCAGGCCCUGCAGAGUGAGCUAGACAGCCUGCGGGCCGACAACAUCAAAUUGUAUGAGAAGAUCAAGUUCCUCCAGAGCUACCCGACCCGAAGUGGAGGGACUGAUGAUACAGUGAUGCGCUACUCUUCACAGUAUGAGGAGAGACUGGACCCCUUCGCCUCCUUUAGCAAGAGGGAGCGCCAGAGACGUUACCUGAGCCUCAGCCCAUGGGACAAGGCCACCCUCAGUCUGGGUCGUGUCAUCCUGUCCAAUAAAAUGGCCAGAACUGUUGCUUUCUUCUACACCCUCUUCCUUCAUUGCUUGGUCUUUCUGGUUCUCUAUAAAACGGCCUGGAGCGAGAGCAUCGGUCGGGACUGUUCUGCUUUCUGUGCAAAGAAGUAUGCGGAUCACGUCCACCGUUUCCAUGAGAACGCGGAAAACGGAGACAUGUGGCAGUGAUGUCGGCUGGUGCUGCACACACAAAACACGAGGAGUUUCUAGUCACCGAGUCUUAGUGCUGCAUUCACAGGGUUCAGAGUUAGAAAAUCUACUCAACAAUUCAGAUGUAACCGUUUAUCCGGCUCAGUUUCAGACUGAGAGCAGAUGAACUUUCAUUAACCGCCCUUGAAUAUAGCAUGAAGACAUAAGCCUCAUGUCCCUGUCCUCCCUUCAGCUCUCUGCAGUAGCUGCUCACGACCACUAGAGGACAGACGUGUAUUGUGUUAGUGCUUUGAUUUGAUUUAGACCAGUGAGUCCAGCGACAAUCAUUAACCAGAAUUCUCAUCCAGCCUGAAAUCACUAAAGAAACAGGAUGACCAUGAUUGAUUACUAUGAAUCUAAUCAAUGAAAACAUGAUCUUUAUUUUAUUUUAAGGUAGUGAAUCUUUAGAAGAAGGGGACCAGCUUAUUACUCACUAUUAAAUGAUUUGCUAUUAUAGGGAAAGAUAAAUAUUACAGUAUGUGGUUAAAGAUUAACAGGUGGUGGAAGUUCAGUUACAUUAGAUAAUAGUUUACAAUGCUGUGUGUGGCUGAUUAUUUAUGGCAAAUCUCGUUACAUUAAAUCACAGCUGUCCUGUUUAUCUCCAUUAAUCUCCACCCUUAAGCGAUUUUAGGGGUGUGGGGUCAUUAUUAUACAGUUGUAUGCAUAAGUUUGGGCACCCAUGAUCCAGUGACAUGCUUUAUUGUUUUUCAAAGUGAGAAUAUAUUCUGUAGAAAGUGCACAUUUUAAUGCACAAUUAAGGUUUAUUUGCUGAAUUUUACAUAUACUGGGGGGAAAAAACCAAGCUAUGACAUGUACAAAAGUUUUUGCACAUUUUAUAUUUUAGUUGUUUUUUUCCCUUAAUAUGUUAAACUCAAAUAAAUAGAAAUUCUGUCAUUUUUACUCAGAAAAUCAUCUAAACCUAAUUUGAACAUAAUUAAAUCAGAGGUGUUUAAACUUCUGCAUAUGACUGUAUCUUGUUUGUUUCUAUGCAGUAUCUUAUUUAGUAACAUAUGAAGGUUAUGGUAUAUUAAUCCCCAGCUUUAGAGUCCAUUAACAAGUUUAAACUGGAUAAGGACUCAUUUAGUGGAGCUUUAAAAGCGCAGACAGACUUAAACCUCUAACGCAACGUGGCAAUGAUUGACCAGUGGUUUAUAUUGACCAGUAGGUAUCGGCCGGGGAUGUGAACAGGUUGUAUGGAUGCUUUGUUAGAGAUAAACACUUGUGUUUAGAAGAUGCUGCUGUUUUUCUGUGGACACACAGAUGGUUCUGCUGGUCGUAUCUGUGCAUCACACUAUGAUCUGAGAUGUACUCGGUGUCUAGUACAAGUCUGGAUAGGCUCCGUUCUCCUGUUAGCUCAGUCAGCAGCUGUAACUCUGUCUUGCUUUCUCUUCCUGCGCUUUCUAUUAGUAGCCAAUAAAGCUGUUAAGCAUC